UUUUCCCGCGUCCACCAAAACCGUUGCCGCCCUUUUUUUCGUCGCCACGGACCAGGAUCCAGCGGUGCCGAUGAAGCCAGCGGAGGACGCGGACGUCCAGGAGGCGAUGGUGACGGCGACGGCGGCGGCGGCGGCGGCGCAGACAGUUUGGUACGAUCCCAUGUCUUCGCCACAGGCGCCGGCGCCGCACCAGCAGCCGGCGAUAGAGACUGCGGAGGCGGCCUCGCCGUCGAUGAGCUCCGACGCGCGGCCUCUCAGGGUGUAUGCCGACGGCAUCUACGAUCUCUUCCACUUCGGCCAUGCGCGCGCGCUCGAACAGGCUAAGAAAUCAUUUCCCAACACCUACUUGCUGGUAGGUUGCUGCAGUGAUGAGAUCACCCACAUGUACAAAGGAAAGACCGUCAUGACCGAGGACGAGCGCUAUGAAUCACUUCGGCAUUGCAAGUGGGUUGACGAGGUUAUACCAGAUGCUCCAUGGGUGAUCAACCAGGAGUUCAUCGACAAACACAACAUCGACUAUGUCGCUCAUGAUGCGCUCCCAUAUGCUGACACGAGUGGAGCUGCCAAUGAUGUCUAUGAAUUUGUGAAAGCUAUUGGGAAGUUCAAGGAGACGAAGCGCACCGAGGGCAUCUCUACAUCGGACAUCAUCAUGAGGAUCUUGAAGGACUACAACCAGUACAUUAUGCGGAAUCUCACCCGUGGGUACAGCCGUAAAGACCUCGGCGUCAGCUAUGUUAAGGAGAAGCAACUGAGAGUCAACAUGGGGAUUAGCAAGCUAAGGGAGAAGGUGAAGGAGCAUCAAGAGAAGGUGAUCAAGUUGCUUUGCAACUAUUUUGAGACAGAUCUUCACAUGAUUCGUAAAACUCUGAUAUCAAAUGCACUGCACAUGCAGUUUCACAGUGCGGCAAAGAUCGCUGGAACCAACCCUGUGGAGUGGAUGGAGAAUGCAGACCGUUGGAUUGUUGGGUUCCUUGAGAAGUUUGAGGAAGGUUGCCACAUGAUGGAAACUGCCAUUAAAGAUCGAAUUCAGGAGGGAUUGAAGAGGCAAGGCAGGUCAGAGUCAAACCUUUCUGGAGAGGACUCCGACUCGUAAUGUUCUGUAAUAUCCAAAUCAAACUAGAUAAAAACAGAACUGAGACCAUAUUCCCACAGUUUGUGUAACAGUAUGAGAUUGAUUAGCAUGUUCUUGUAGGACAUCAGGAAUCAUUGUUUAGUUGUACCAGGAGAUUAUGUAAUGUUAAGAACAAUCGUAUUUCUGUGUGCAAUCAGUUGUUGUUCCUUGAUUGA